AUGUCGGCGUACAAUGGCAAAUGACGCCACCAAGUAAUUUUGAUGGAUUUCACCAAUGAAAGGGGAUUGGAGAUCUGAAACUUUGAUGAGCUGAAUUUGGGAGAAUGACUGCCCAGAUACUCAGCAGUGAGCUGUCCAAUCUCAUACAGGAGUCCAAGAGAAAGAACUCCGAGCUCCGACAUGCUGCCGAGGAAUCCUUGACUCAGCUCAAGGCAUUGCCGUCGACUUCCGAAACACAGCUUGCAGCUGAUUUGAGUCGGCGCCCCGAUUUCAUCAAUCCAUUCUUGAUCGCUUGCGCAACUAAAAAUGCCAAAUUCUCAAGUAUAGGAGUAUCAUGUCUUCAGCGUCUCGUUGUGUCACGUGGCCUUCCCCGAGCCAGGUUGAGAGACGUUCUCGAGGCUUUGAGCGAGAGCACAUCCUUAGGUGUCGAAGUGCAACUUAAGAUUCUGCAGGCGUUGCCUCCGCUCCUGCAGUAUUUCGCUGAAGACCUUCAAGGUGAUCUUUUGGGAAAGGCGCUGCGAAUUUGUGCAGCUUUAUUAAAUAGCAAGCUUGGAGUAGUCAGCAGUACAUCUGCAGCAACGCUACAGCAGCUUGUCGUCUCUGUUUUUGACAAGGUUGUAACAGAAGAUGAGAAAGCUCUCCAGAUCCCAACUACGGCGGAAGCGCCAACAGCAGAUGGCUCAGUUCCUGUUCGCACCGCUGCAUUUGAUGCUUACAGGGUAUUCAACGAUAUCUGCCUUCUUACAGAAGGGCAAAAGCCUCAAUUCCUUCGUUCCACAACUCUGCCGCAAAGCUUUGGGCUUGAAUUGCUUGAGUCAAUUCUUGCCAAUCACGCGGGACUCUUUUUGACUCAUAUGGAGCAAGCAAACGUACUGCGAACUCAUCUAAUGCCUUUCAUCAUUAAAUCCUUGUCUGAGAGGCACAGCUUUCCCACGACUGUACGAACCAUAAGGAUUUUGCAGAUUCUCCUGAAAAAGCAUAUCAGUAUACUCGCAUCUGAAUGUGAGAUGGCUUUCAGCUUGCUGACUCACAUGCUCGAGCCUGACGCAGCGCCUUUGUGGAAGAGAGCAGUAUGCAUGGAGAUCAUCCGAGAUUUGCACGCUGAUUCGGGAUUGAUCCGGAAAAUCUACCAACAGUAUGAUGAAUCUGAAGGCAGGAAGACAAUAUUAAAGGAUCAACUAGCAGUUCUGGUUCGUUUAGCAGCGGAGAAGCCGAAUGUGAUUGGUCUGAGUCAUCAAUCGACGAUGCCGGCUCAAGGCUCUGGAGGUAAGGAUGCGUCUGGCGAACAGGUUGCUUUGGAAGCCGGAGGCGUUGCUGGUAUUAUUGGUGGAGCUGUAGGUGUCAGUGAUGCCCAUGUUUCCGGCAUAAGUAGCCAGUUCAGUACUCUACGCGUUCAAUGUCUUGAUCAACUGGACAAGGCUGAGCCACCAAGCUUGCCUGACUCGUACAUCUACGCCCUCGCCUUAAGUUGCAUCAACAGCUUUUCUGAGGGUUUGGCCCGAUUUAUUCUACCUCUCACAAUCCCUGAUACUCGAUCCAAACGACGAGCUCGCCCUGAAACUCCAGACGCGGAUGAACAGAGUCCAACUGCCGACUCCGAAAAACCAGUGAGGGUAGCUCUUCAGAGGAAAUUUUCACGUCGACAUUCUCACAGAAGAGACCAACUUCCGGUGAACCCCGUAAAGCUCCUUGAUCAUCCCUUGUACGCCGAUAUCAAGACAUCUGCAGCGAUUAUCACAGACUGCUGGCCAGCUGUUCUUGCUACUUGUUCUACUUUCCUCUACGCUGCACUGGAUGCCGAAUACUAUCACAACCUUGUACGCGCGUUUCAAAAGUUUACGCACGUCGCUGGUUUACUAGAGUUGUCGACACCACGUGAUGCCUUUCUUACAACGCUAGGCAAAGCUGCUGUUCCCUCACAGAUACUUGCGGCGAACUUGUCGACAACUGCACCUAGUACACCUACUGUAGAAUCCCAUGGCAUGUUUGCGAAUGCUAAAGGCCUCCUAAGUGUUGAGAGCCUUGUGAGCCAGUCUUCAGGAACGUCUGCAGACAGGCAACGUCAGCCGUCGGUGGAUGCAGGCACGCCUACACUGACCACUCGAAAUCUAUUAUGCUUAAGAGCUUUGUUGAACCUUGGAAUUGCCCUUGGUCCAAUACUUGCUCAGUCUUGGUCAAUUAUUCUCGAAACUCUUCAGCAGGCGGACUUCAUACUUUUUGCCUCUAGCAGAAAAGGCGGUCGUACCAUCGGCCCGAAUCAAAGAGUCGAAGUACAGACUGGCAAUGACACCGGCAAUUUACUUGCAAACUUUGGCGGUGAAAUAACAGCAGUAGAGACGGCGGCGUCAAGGAUGUUCGAAAGCACUAGCGAAUUUCCGAACAAUGCAUUUGUUGGGAUGCUCAGAGCGCUUUGUAAACUUGCUGGCGAUGGGAGUUACGAGCCAGCGAGAAGAUUGUCCAAAGCUCCUCGGAAUCCUGAGUCCAAAUCUCCGGAUCAAGAGCUACCGCAUAAAAGGUUGCCGAGCCUGUCCGGGAUCUCGACAACAGCUGCGUCCCAGAUUCAAGAAAACCACUUCGCCUUGGUAAAACUUGGUGAUCUGGCCCGGGUCAAUAUGUCCCGAUUAAUUUACCAUGAAGCAGGCGAGAGCGGGUGGGAGGUUCUUGUCAAUCAAUUGGUAUCCGUCUCUUCGUCAACAGAGACCGAUUCAUCUGUUCGUCUUCGAGCUGCGGACACCUUAAAUCAGAUGGUGGUAAUCGCGGCUACUUCAUCUCUUGUAUCUCAAGAUGUUGAAUUGCGAACUUCUGUACAAAGGAGAGCACUGUCGGCAUUGAAAAUCGGAAUCGCAUCGCUUUACGCUACCAAUCAAGAAGAAUCUGUGGCCUCGAGUUCGGUCGAUGAUGAGAUCCACAGGCUUGCGCUUGAGGCUCUCAGAUCAAUCCUCGCCGACUGCGGAGACCCACUUGCAGGAGGGUGGGAUAUCGCAUUUGACAUUGUGGAUAGUGUCUUCGAUAUUCCUCAAUCAAGUACACAUGACGAUAGAGAAGAAACUCCAAUAACCCACAAACCAUCAAAAUCACGAUCUCCCAAGCUUGUUCGAUCAUCAUUUGGGUCGCUCGAGAUUAUCUGCUCUGAUUUUCUUUCCUCCUUACCCAGCACAUGCGAUUUAGUUCUUAUCGAUACCCUAUUUAACUUUUGCUCCCAAGCCGAUGAUCUCAAUAUUUCACUAACGGCUGUCACGUAUUUUUGGAGUCUCUCGGAUUUUCUUCAGGGUCGGAAUGACUCUUCCUUUGAUGACAGUGUGCUGAAAGCCCGAAGAGAGAGCGAAUUUAUUGAUCAAGCAAAGGGCAACGAUCCCAAGGCCAGCGAUGCAGCAUUAUGGAUGUUGUUGUUGCUCCGCUUGACAGCAGUCACCACUGACCGCAGGCCAGAAGUGAGAAAUGGAGCGAUUCAAAGCCUUUUCCGCAUUUUUGAUGUGUACGGAGAUAGGCUGUCACCUUUGGCCUGGGAAUCCUGCCUUCGUAUGACAAUCUUCAACAUGAUAGAAGCAAACCUCGCUCAGCAAAAUGAGCUUGGACCGUCCCGGUCGGUCCCAACACAAGAUGAGAUUGCGUGGAAUGAUACUACAAAAGUAAUGCUGGAUGGUAUCUCGACGCUUUUCUCCACGUAUCUCGCGAUUCUCGUUCGGCAAGAGGGCUUCGCAUUGUCAUGGGAGAUACUCAUGGGUUACCUUGGAGCUUAUCUUGAAAGACAAUGUCUAGAAAUAAGUGCUAAAGUGUUUGCUUUACUAAGAGACGUCAUCGCCAAAGUCGAAAACGUCGAACAGAUAGGAGCUUCAUCUGUUCACUUGGUGUGGGGUCUCUGGACGAAGGGUAUCCCGAUAUCAAAGUCGGCGGUGAAGAACUCGAAGAGCAACAACCAAGACGCCUACAUAGCAUAUGUUCAGCUUCUAAAAGAGAUAUAUCGCCUCAUCGAGGCAGAUUUAGACGUGGAGAGAGUAAGAGAAAUAUCCAACAAUCUCCGGGAAUGCGUAUGGUAUUCCGAUACACCUGCCUACACGGCAGACAUCGACUAUCUCACAGCUUUACAGUCCCAUACAUUGGACUGCGUCAGGAUGAUCCGAAAAGAUGUGCCUGGUGUUCCAUCAAUUAUCAUUUCACAACUUGCCGACUUUGUCUCCCUGCCAUACAUAAAGCCUUCGCCAGAACCCGGCUCACAUGAGCUUACCUUUGUUGCUUUGUCCAAGGCUUCGAUGGAGAUUCUAGAGGCAUGCAUCAUCCAACAUCUUCAGGACCAGGACAUUUACACGAGCGGCGCAUUGCUCGUGUCCCUGAGUAAUCUCUCCAUGGCCAUCAACGGAAAGUAUUUGUGGCGGCUUGAGGGCAAGGAUCCUCCGACUUGGAAGAGAGCCACGACAGCGACGGUGUCCAUCCUUGAAAGCACGCUCCCAUUGCUUCCUAGAAUACUAUCUGACGACGAAGAGCUCAAAAAGCUUUGGAACCAAGUCAUUAGCACGACGGACAGCAUCGUCGCUGCAGAGUCCAGCCAAGCUCCAGCCAACACCGACCUCCUAGCUGAUCAAAAUUUCGACAUGGAAGCCUUUCAUCGGCUGCGCGUGCUCAUCACCCCAGCUCUAGGCGCCGCUACCACUAUCCCAGACAGUACUCGCCGCGCAUACGCAGAGUCUCUUUUCCGCAACUCUAUCAUCCACGCAUCCGACCCAUGGGAACUUCCCGAGCCCGGAACAGAGCCGCUUUCUGUCCUUGCCAAGCCACGCUGGGGUCGAACAUAUGAUCCUCAUGCCAGUCCUCGAUCCCGAAUGAGCUACGCCUGCCUCGAUGAACUCUUUGGGCUUGUUGCCGUCCACGAUGGUUCCAGCAACCGCAUCAAACUCGCUCAGGCCGCUGCCCCCUACCUCAUCACUCGCGCCGGCAUCUCCCUCCGCGCUUACUUGGCCGAUCAGCCUCUCCGAGGCCGUAUGCCCCAACCUGCUUCUCAACGCGUAGAGCUCUUAUAUAUCCUUUCCAAGCUCAUCGACUUGGAUUCCGAGCCAAAAGCCAUCCCUGAGGCACCUGGCGUGAACUCGAUGCAUAAGAAGCAUCUGCAUCGGCUGUUUCCGCUAGUAAGUAAAGCUGUCGGGGUUGCGUCGCGGGAUCAGGGCAUUCUCGCCAAACUUACCCAGGCGCUUGACGUGGUUGGUGAAGGGUUCGGUGUAUGAUUAUCGGAGCGUACGCAUUGAGCGUAUUGUAUUCUAUAUAUCGUGUUCGUGUUCGUGUUAGGUAAUAGCUUACCUGUUGUGUUCGGGUUGUAUGUGUGAUUGAGAUAAGAGGGGAAAAGCGCUAAACAGAAAUUAAUAUCGUUUUCCAAAAAUUUCCCGAAAGCCUGCCCC